AUGUCUCCUCCUCGAUACCGUCAUAUCGCUUCCAACAAGGUCAACGGACUUCUUGCCAGCCUCAAGAUCGCACCCAUCACCAACUCUCCUCAAGGCCCGAAGGCAGUAACAUGGGCUAUCGCAGUGGCAAUGCACCCCCGUGAACAUGUCAACCCUUCUGUCAAGUUCGACUUCAACGAUCCUGAGUGCAGAGUCGUCAGAGACCAGACCGAGCUGCAGUCCUUCCUUCCUGACACCGCCUUGCCUCUGGCCAUCCAGACUAGCGCCGAUAUCAUUCUCGACUGGAACAAGGCACACCCCAAGAACAAGUACUCUCUUCACCUCUCCGACGGUCGUAACUGGCGUGUGGUUGAAGCGCACCACAAGUGGGACGUCACUCCCAUCUUCAUCCGUCUCAUCAACGACCGCUGGGAAGGCUAUGCAUUGUCCUCCAUGCAGACCGAGUCAGAGCAGACUGGUUCAAAGCAGACUGGUUCAGAGCAGACCGGUGAAAAGAAGCUCUCACGUCAAGAUGUCAUCCGCGCUACACUCGGUCUCGCGCCCGAUGUCCCUAUUCCUCCGUUUGCCUACGCCCUCUACCCUGAACACGCUCCUGUCGAUGGCUGGGCUGGCGAGGAAACCAUUCCUGACUUCUCCGUGCGUGAAGAGAUCGUCGAGGUGACUGCUCCCGACCCUCGCGCCGUCCGCAAGGCUACAGACAAGAUUCAGUCCGGAGACAAGCUCGUCGUACUCAACAACUUCAAGCAUGGAAGCAAGGAAGAUGAGCAGACCAACAACUGUUACAAGUCGGCUGCUACCUUGUCUGUCGAAUUCGAUGACGGCACCAUCAUCGGCCCUGUUCCUGACGCCGAAGGCAAGGCGGGUCUUCUCGACUUCUCGGUUGAGCUCCUCGGCCUUGCACCCACCAUCAUUCUCGAACUCACGUUUCCCAGCCAGGAAAGCCAUGCCACUGGCGCGCGCUGUCGUGUCGAAUUUGCAUUCAACACCACGAACAUCAUCUCCGACAAGGAGCUCAAGACCCGUCAAGAGAUCUCCGACUUUGACAUGUUCACCAAUGAUGAAGGUGCUCUGAUUACAUUCAAGAGCGAAGGUUGCCGUGCUCACGAUGUCUUCUGUUACACUGAAUAUGCCUACCAUGAGCGACAAGUCAUACCUCGUGGACGUCUCGCUCCGCAACAGAGAUGGGCUUUGAAUACUUUCAAGCGUCUUGCACAGCUUACUCCGGGUCAGUCGUGUACCAUCAAGCUCAAUGUUCUCGAAGGUCUUGUGGCUGCGGAGGCGAAGCGCAAUAGCAAGAAGACCCAGCUGCAAUUUCUUUCAGAGAAGCUACCUUCCAAGCAAUACGGCAGAGCCUUCCCACAGUUCACUGGACCUGCAUACAUGACAUACCGCAACCCGCAGGGAGUCAUCAGCCUUCAGUAUAACCAGCAGGUCUCGCGAAAGACUGCACUGCGCCCUCCUCAUCCCGGUGCAUCCAUCCCUGCUCGUAUGCUGGUCAGAGACAAUGACGAGCUCGCUCUACACCUCUCUAUUGGCGCCGAUCUUCUUCACAAGGAGCAAGCCAUGCACAUCACCAGUGUCAGCGAAAAGGAACAUUUUCUCGCUCUCGUUCCUGCUGGUAACUAUGCUGUCGCCUGUAUCAAGUACAGAGAGCCUCUUGCGUCCGGAAUCCCCGAUCUCACCAACGAAGAGAAGAUCACCAUCCCUGUCGACACACAGCUCAAGCUCACCAUCUACGGCGAUCACAAGGAUAAGCAGAAGUGGCACUGUGUCGCACUCGUUGGUGUCGAUGUCUACGGUUUCGGCUGUGACCUGUUCGCUGUCAUCACAGACAAGGUCAGCAGUGAGUUCAAGGCCAUUCUCUCAGAAGCAGGUUCCGCUGGACCCAAGAUCCUCAACGUGCACAUCGAUCCCAUCAUCUCCGAUGUUACCACCAAGCAUGGCAUUGAUGCAGUUGCAUCCGCUCUCAGCAUUGCGAACAAGCCAGACAAUCCCAACUAUGUCCCUGCAAUGUUCCUCUGGCCUUUCGUCUAUCAGGGUGAGCCCCUGGAGCGUAAGCAAGUCUUCAAGACUGCAUUCGAUCGUGAUAUCCAGCACACUGUGGCUGCCUUCAAGUAUCUCAGAAACUCGGAGCCUUGGGACAAGCACCAAUUUCGCACUGUGGACGCCUUACCCAAUCCUUUCGGAGGUGUUAAUUUGGUUGCGGGUGCUGCAGGCACCGGCAAGACGCUGGUCAUGGGUAGAUUCGCGCAAUUCUCGACCAUCGUUGGCUCGAAGGUCCUCAUCGUUGGCAUGAUCAACAGUUCUCUGGACGACAUCGCACUCAAGAUUGAUGAAAAGAUGUCUGAAGAUGUGGCAUCCGGGAAAGUCCAGAAGAUGGAUAACAGCAGACCUAUUCGCGCCUAUUCUGCACGCCUCGAGAGCCCUCUCCAGCCAUCUGUCGAUCGCACUCAGGCCGACAUCGAUGCAGAGGAUAAGCAAGCCCUUGCACACUAUCUUGCUUGGAAGUCAGUCGAAGAGACCUACAAGAACAAGCGUAGAGCUUUGCCUGAUUACUCGGUUGAAGCAAAGAUGAACGAGAACCUCAACGACGCCUCGAGACCUCCAUUGAUGGCGCAUUACACCGACGGCAUUGACGAUGAGAAGAAACCAAUCCCUGACGGCCCACUUGUGAACAUGUACGAAGAGCUCAAGAAGUACAUGGCACGCAUCGCUCAACCCGCUUAUGCCGACUUUUUUGACGCAGAGAAGUGGUCUGAUGAGGAGAAGCGCAAGUUCCGUCAGAGUCUCAAGAUCUGCCGUUACGAAGUCUACCAACAAGCCUUGAUCGUCUUCUGCACCUGUCCAGUCGCUGCCACUAGGGAGAUGGCUGAAUUCGCUUCCGACGCUGAGGAUGAGAUCGUUAUGUUUGCCGAUGAAGCUACAACCAUCGGCGAAGUCAACAUUCUCAUUCCUUUCAAGACCAAAUAUGCUCACAAGAUCAAGGGUAUCUACCAGUUUGGCGAUCCACGUCAACUCGGUCCCAACCCCAUUGCGGCUACUGGCAAGGACAACACUGUGAACGAGUUCCUGGCCCAGCACAGAGCCAGUUGGUUUGUCCGUCUCCUUCACAACGGCUUUCCUGUCUACCAUCUUCCGCAGCAAAAACGCCAGCACAAGCUCUUGAACAUUCCUGUCAACGAAGUUCACUAUCAAAAGAGCAACCUUACCGAUGAUCCCAGACUCCACGCGGAUCUCGGUCCUGAAGACGAGAACUUGCUCAUUGACUUCCUUCCUCUUCAGAGAAUGCCUCACGAACAAUUCACCCGUAGGUACGCUCAUGUCAUCAUCAGGGACUCGAUUCUCGUUCAUCCUCCUGGUAGUAACUCAUCCCAGAAUCAUCCUCAUAUCGUAUGGGUUCUACAGAAGUACCGUCUCGAAGUCCUCAAAACCCACUUUGGCACAAAAACUCAGCUCAAAUGCCUCAUCCAAGUACCCUACCGUGCACAGCUCAACGCAUACGAGGCCCAAAUCUCCAUCUACCAGCAAGAAUGGAACUGGUCUAGAGAGAUGUUCCCUGCUGUCAAGACCAUCGACGGAGGUAUCGGUGGUGAGGCUGAAUUCGUAAUCAACGAUGUCGUCAGGGAUGAGAGCGAAGGCUUCCUCCAAUCGGCUCAACGUACUUGCGUCAUGGCCUCGCGUGCAAAGAACUUCCAAGUCAUAGUCAUUGGGCCCAUGGACAAGCUCGAUCGUGAUGAGAAGACUGUUAUGACCAAGUUCGCUGACAAGGGUAAGCCCAACCAUGCCUACAAGGUCAGACGCCCUCUCGCUCACCACGAAGCGUACGCCAACGCGCACAAUGCUUUGUACUUCUUCAACAGUGACAGCAACACUUGAGAGAGGAGAAGAGGAUAUCAAGGUUGUCAUUGAGCUCUGGGAACACGAGACUGGCUUAGUCUUCGACGGUCGGUUCUCUUCAAAUUCUCGUCCUGGAUACGCCUGUCGUCGUUGCUACACAGACAAGCAAAGUUGCCGAGGCGGUCGUCCUUGCAACAGAUGCACGCAAGCUAAUGUUGACUGCCUCGACCAAGAAAAGAGGGUCUUCGUUCAAAAGGGUUCUAAGAGAUCGAAAGUCUCCCAUUAGUCUCAUAACAAUGCCCCAAUCUCGUCGAUCAACGAGUCUCGAAAACACCCACACACACACACACACACACACACACACCACAUGCUAUUAUCGCUCGAAACUACCGCCACAAUGCAUCGCUUCACAAACAUCCCCCUGUUUCUCCAUAGCAGAGGCUUAAUCAGAGAUACAGUAUAACAUAUAUAGUUCGCAAUGACACAGAGGG